GAGAGAGAGAGAGAGAGAGAGAGAGAGAGAGAGAGAGAGAGAGAGAGAACCAGUAGCGGUAACGGAAAUCCUUAAGCAUGGCUGUGAAAGCACCCACGGCUCCCAAGCACGUGGGCAAGUACGUGGGUCAGGCACCAGCAAAGUCAGCGAGCCUCAUGGGAAUGGAAGAGUACGAGAAGCUAAGAAGGGAAGUUGAAGAGCUGAAGGCGAGGCGAAGGAACCAACAAUUCCCACGUGAAUCCGAAAGGAGCCACACGUUCGACCACGGGCUUGAUGGUGCUGAUGCUCGUUGUGGGGUGCCUCCCUUUCCUGACCAGCUUGCGGCAGGCACCACGGAGAAGGGAGGCCACGUGGACACACUGCAGGCUCUUUGCGCUUUACACGAAGAAGAGAAGAAGGUGGAUCGUCUGCCCUGCCUUUCGUUCUUUCACUUGGCAAGCUGCCUUAUGUCCUUCCCGGGAUUGCAACCCCCCAGUACCACGACUGCAUUUAGACGGGAACACGGUUUGUGGCUGGGAUCUUCCAAGGCCUUGGAAGCGAGGAUGGUUGAGAUGAAGAGGUCCAUAGCAGCUGGCCAAGAGCAGCUAAAGAAAAUGCGAGAGGCAUUUGCCAAAGACAGGAAGGCGUUGGAAGAUAAAGUGGGUUCUCUUAUGGCGGAGCUAGCUGCCUCUGACAGACAGCACGUGGAGGAAUGCAAUGCUCUCCGCCGACAAGUCGAGGAGCAGCUGCAGAAACAGAAGGAAAUUCAUGUGCAAGAGAAGCAACAACUGGAAGAGGAGUGGAACAGGAGAUGUGCUGAAAUAGUCAAGGAGUAUGAAGGUGCAUUCAGUGAGCUUAAGGUUAAGAACCUGGAAAGGUACAGAAAGAUUGCCGAGUCAGAGCACGAACUGUCUCAAUUAUAUACCAAUGUUUGUGGUGCGAACGAGGAACUGCGAGCGGAGGCUGCCAAGAUCAAACAAGAGUGGGAUUGUCAGGUUCAGCAGCUGCAGAGGGAUCAUGAGAAAGCCACCCAAGUGCUGGAAGACAAAGUAGCAAAGCUCACACAUGAGAACCAGUCUUUGCGACUUGAGAGGACAGAAAGUUUGGCGAUAUUGAUGCAAGGCCACAGCAAGCAGGUUGAGGAAUUGCGCAGAGAGAAGGAGAAGGAACUGUUGCAUGCGCGAACGGUGAUGGAAUGUAGCGUUGCCGAGAAGGAUGCGACGAUCGAGGAGCUCCGAGCUAUGGUGGAAAGGAUGCAGCUGCGCAUGAAUGAAACCACUCAUGUUCUGGAACGCCAACAUGCAGACUUGCUAACCAUGGACAUAUAAUGAUAUCCAAUAUUAUCCAUAUUUUACGACAAUUAUGCAAGCUACAGACAUGCGGUUGGAGGUACUCUUGGAGGAGGCAUAAGGGGGAGAGCAAAGCGGAAAGGUGGGUAGGAGGGAGGGGAUGCUGCGGUGGCAGGCAAGAAGGAGACCAGGGUCAUGCCUAGCAUCUUAACCCGAAAAUCACAUGUGUCGUUGUAUUCAAAUUUCAAAUACAUGUGUUAUGCUUAUGAAUUCCUAGGUAGAACUUUUGUGACGAGGACUUCCACUAUCGUAGUACCCCCUGCAGUCUUCUAUUGCUGUGUCAGGCAGGCCGUAGCUGGGCAGGGGUUGGCGGGACACAUGGUUGGUCUUUAAUAAACAACAGUCCUGACC